UUCCAUCCCUCUCGAUUUCAGAGGUUCAAAAAAAAAAAAAAGAGGUCACGGAUUUUUGUUGGUUUUUUUCCCUUCUGAUCGAUUUCUGUAUGGCGAUGAACUUUCUUGCGGUCCGAAUCUCGAAGCUUCUCAGGAGCUCGCCCACUACCUCUCCUCUAGUUGCAAGUGCUGGAAGAAGUGCGAGGUCGUGGUUUUCGAGUGGUUCGAUCGAUGAGGAGAUUUUGGAUGAAGGUUUCGAUCAAAGCCCUCCUGGAAAACCAGAGCUUAGACCCCAAGGAGUUGAUCCCCGUAAGGGGUGGGAUUUCCGCGGUGUUCAUAGGGCAAUCAUUUGCGGGAAAGUAGGCCAAGCCCCUUUGCAGAAAAUCCUGAGGAAUGGACGAACAGUCACAAUCUUCACGAUAGGAACUGGAGGCAUGUUUGAUCAGAGGCUUGUGGGUACAAACAAUCAGCCAAGACCGGCUCAGUGGCAUCGUAUCGCAGUUCACAACGAAGUUCUCGGCACUUACGCUGUUCAGAAACUCAUCAAGAACUCUUCGGUAUACAUUGAAGGAGAUAUCGAGACUAGAGUGUACAAUGAUAGCAUUACCAGUGAGGUGAAGAGUAUUCCAGAGAUUUGUGUUCGCAAUGACGGGAAAAUUCGACUGAUUAAAUCCGGGGAAAGCAUCAGCAAAAUCUCUUUCGAUGAGCUAAAAGAAGGAUUGUUUUAGUCGGGAUCAAGACCAAGGCAAGAACAUUUCAUCGCUCUGAAGGGUAGAUAAACGAAAGAAUCUACGGGUUUCUUGAGAGAAAAUAAAUACAAUGAACAUUGCGAUCCUAGGUGUGUGUUCAGAUUGUGACUGUAGCAUAGCGAACAUCUCUUUCUAGGGUUCAGAUUGUGACUUCCGGUUUGUCAAACCGAUUAAUUGCAAUUUUCAGACCGAUCGGUUGUGGUUUAUUGUUCA